AUGCGGUUGCAAAGAUUGACUAGGCUCGGUGCACUGUUUCGUCGCCCUGCCUCGAAUGUCUGCACAAUGGUGUCGGUCGGGGCCCUGACGGCCUUUCUUCGAGCAGAGCCGUCAGAGAAGCUGUUCUUGCUGCUGCCCAUGGUCGCUCAGAGCACUGUUACUGUCCUGACGGGCGGUGGCGGGUUCUGCGAAGACGGAAGAUGCAUCAACUGCAACUUCUGCGACGGGGACUGCUUUGAUGCCUGCAGCUGCAACUCAGAGCUGAACACCUGCUGUUGCCUCGCUCCACCAGGGCACUUCUCACGUGGCUAUGAAAAGAUCCCGUGUCCUGGCGGCACCUACCAAGACCAAACUGGACAGCAUAGCUGCAAGCCGUGUAGCAACGAUGCUUCAGUCCUGUUCAAUGUGGACAUGCGAGGUGCUGUCGAUUCGGUGGACUGCGAGGAGGCGAAGUGCUCCAACGAGAACGUCUGUGGUGCCAACUUGACUGACUGCUCGGCCACAUGCGUAUCGUCGGUUUUCGUCGAGACAGCGAUGUAUGCUCAUCCGACGAACACCACUUUCUGUUCCGGGUUGGAGCAGCCCAUCGCAGAGCGAGGCUGCUCGUGGCAAAGCACAACAAGCGCAGCACCAGUCUUGCGCGGGAGUGUACAGGUGCUCCUUUCUCUCAUCAUGCUGUGCACGAUGAAAGAGCUUUAG